AUGAAGGAGGAGAGCACGCCCGGAGGUGGCGGCGGAGGUGGAGGCGGCGACGUGCUGGCGCUGCUGCAGGCCGUCUGCAACAACCCGAGCGCGCUGCGGCAGCUCGCGCAGAAGAACGGACAGCUUGUGCGCGCCUGCCCCUGCGUGCUCCACCUCGCCCUGCUGCAGACGGUCUUGUUAGCUAGCAUAAUUAUGAUUUUCUAUGGGUUAAACUAUCUAUUUCUUUUACAGGAGUUCGCCACCCUUACUAAAGAGCUGAACCAAGCUAGAGAGCAUCUCUUGGAACGCGAUGAAGAAAUAGCUGAGCUAAAAGCCGAGCGCAACAACACACGGCUGCUGCUGGAGCACCUGGAGUGCCUGGUGUCGCGGCACGAGCGCUCGCUGAGGAUGACGGUGGUGAAGCGCCAGGCGGCGGCGCAGUCCGGCGUCUCCAGCGAGGUCGAGGUGCUCAAGGCGCUCAAGAGCCUCUUCGAGCACCACAAAGCGCUCGACGAGAAGGUUAGAGAACGACUGCGGGUUGCUCUGGAGAGGGUGGCAGCCCUUGAAGAGGAGCUUUCAACUACCAAAGAAGAAUUACAGCAGUACAAAUUAGGUCGUGUUCCAGCUGAUGAGAGUAGUAGACCAAAGGAAAAUGGUCAACAGGAUGAAGAACAUAAGGGUGAUCAAGCAACAGCCCAUGCUGCCCUUACUAAGCGUCUCUCUAAUGGUGCCAUCGAACCUGAUUCUGAUGUGGCACGUGUUCUUGAGCUGCAGAAUACAGUAGAUAAACAGAGUGCAGAAUUAAGUUCAUGGCAAAGACGGGUGUCAGAACUGUCGGGUCGCAUUUCAGAACUUGAGGAAACACUGGCAAAAACACAGAAGGAACUUAUGAAAGCACAGGAAGCAAAUUCAAAACUGCAGCGUGAUCUUCGAGAAAAUGUUGCUCAGAAGGAAGAUCAGGAAGAAAGAAUAGCAACUCUUGAAAAACGGUACUUGAAUGCACAGAGAGAAUCAACUUCCUUGCAUGAUCUAAAUGAGAAACUUGAACAAGAGUUACAGCACAAGGAAGCACAACUAAAGUUGCAAGAGGAGAAGAUAAAUGCCAUCCAGGAGAAACUGGAGCUCUCUGAACAGAAACUUGCACAAUUUGCAAAGCUACCAGAGAUGGAGGAAGAACUAAAACAAAGAAUGGAGGCGCUGACCCAGGUGAGGGUGCAGGCUCAAGAGAGGCACGGGUCAGCAGAGGACAGAAUUCAGCGCUUAGAGGCCCAAUUAGAGGAGAAAAAUGCUGAGCUGUUGCGGUUAAACCAAAGGCUUAAAAUGAACGAAGAACACAAUACAAGGCUAUCAUCAACUGUGGACAAAUUGUUAUCAGAAUCAAAUGAAAGGCUUCAAGUACACCUGAAGGAAAGGAUGCAUGCUCUAGAAGAGAAAAAUGCACUCACUCAGGAACUGGAAAAAACCCGAAAAGUUGCAGAAGACCUCCAGGGAGAAAAGGGUGACAUUGUCAAAGAACUGAGCAAAGCACGACUUGAAAUAGACAAUGUGAAGAGGCAGAUGCUUCAGCAAGAGAUAGCAUUUAACAUUCAACAAACAGAUGCUUUAACAAGGAGCCUAUCUCCAAGUGGUGCAGAUCCAAACUUUGUUCGUACACCAAGUCACUCGAGUUUCGAUCCACAUGCUGUGGCCCGAAGAACACCGAAGCCACGUGUAACAACUGCAUUAGAAGAGGACCCCACCAAGGUAUCAAUGGGCAUCUGUCAAGACUGGGAAAAACUGCAGCAGGCACAUGUCUUGGCAAAUGUUCAGCAGGCAUUUGAUGCCUCGAGUGAUGCAGAAGGUGAAGACAAUGAGAGCAUCUUCAGUGCUGCAGAAAUACUUUCUCCAUCAGGACAUACUGAUGCUCAGACUCUGGCAAUGAUGUUACAAGAGCAGUUGGAUGCUAUCAACAAUGAAAUAAGACUUAUACAAGAAGAGAAACAAAGCACAGAGGCACGUGCUGAAGAACUUGAGUCACGUGUUGGGAGCUUGGAGCACAUGAACCUCUUGGCUCGGGGCCGUAGUUUUGAGCGCACAUCACCACCACUUAGUGGUCGAUCCACACCAAAGUCUCAUCACUCACCCCAGAGAGAUUAUCUCCACAAAUAUCAUACAGCCCCUGCCUCUAUGUCUCCGGCCCACCUGCAUCAGUAUGCCUCCACCCUCAGCCCGGGCCAACUUUCUGAGUCACUGCCUGCUAGUCAGUUGCAGCUGGCUGGAGAACUGUCACAGGAUGAUGCUGGCAGCACUACUGGCGUUCCUGUCCCAGGAUCGGUAGAAAGUGGUGCAGCAAGCCCUCUGACAGCUCGCUCUUUGCGCCUUGAACGUGUUGCUCAGGCUCUAGCACAGAGCCAGGAGGAACUUCGCAGGCGUACUGGCUCUGGAGUAGCAAUGCCAUCUCCUGGACUUGCUCUAAGGCCGGGGGGCUACUCCACACCUCCCUCCCCUCUGUCUUCUCGUCACAGCAGUCAAGACUCGCUGCACAAGAAUGCUACCAGUACUACACCUGUCAGUGCGUCAGCUGCAGCUGCUGCUGCUGCCCAGAAGAAGAAAGGCAUCAAAUCUUCCCUCGGUAGAUUUUUCAGCAAGAAAGAGAAGGGUAAAGCAAAGGAACCAUCAAUGCUUGGUGUGGGCAUUCCAGUGGCCGAAGCAGCAGCUAUGUCAGCAGCGUAUGGUGAUGCUGACAUUUCAGGAGGUGAUACCCUAAGCCUCAGUGGGGGGCUUGGACAGAAGGGUGAUUUUGAUCGACGGAAAAAGAAAAAGCAUGAGCUCCUGGCUGAAGCGAUGAAGGCAGGAACUCCAUUUGCAUUGUGGAAUGGUCCGACAAUUGUUGCAUGGUUGGAGCUAUGGGUGGGAAUGCCUGCGUGGUACGUUGCUGCAUGCCGUGCCAAUGUAAAGUCAGGAGCUAUAAUGAGUGCACUCAGUGAUACUGAAAUCCAAAGGGAGAUUGGAAUAAGCAACCCGCUUCACAGGCUGAAACUCCGACUGGCCAUUCAGGAGAUGGUUUCUCUGACAAGUCCAUCAGCACCAAAGACAUCACGUACCACAUUAGCAUUUGGAGAUAUGAAUCAUGAAUGGGUGGGGAAUGCAUGGUUACCUUCCCUGGGCCUGCCACAAUAUCGCACAACCUUCAUGGAAUGUCUAGUGGAUGCUCGUAUGCUCGAUCAUCUUAAUAAAAAAGACUUACGUGGACAGUUGAAGAUGGUGGACAGUUUCCACAGGACUAGUCUACAGUAUGGAAUAUCAUGCUUAAAGAGACUGAACUAUGAUCGUAAGCAACUGGAAGAGCGGCGUAAAUCAUCUGAAAAUGAACUGACUGAUGUAUUGGUUUGGUCAAAUGAAAGAGUCAUCCGCUGGGUCACUUCUAUUGGAUUAAAGGAAUAUGCUAACAACCUGCUGGAGUCUGGAGUUCAUGGAGCACUAAUUGCACUUGAUGAAAGCUUUGAUUCUAAUGGUAUGGCACUUGCCCUGCAAAUACCAACUCAAAAUACCCAGGCACGGCAGAUGCUCGAGAUGGAGUUCAACAACUUAUUGUCGGUAGCAACAGAACGCCGAAUUGAAUCUGAGUUACCCAAAUCUUGAUAUUACACUACAAGACACCCACACACAUAAAUUGCUGUGGACAUUGCUUGACUGUGUGUGGCUGUGUUAUUUGCCAGAUUGUUAAGAAAUGUACUGAGUGACUUGCUUGCAUCGUGUCCAUAUGUUUGGUUCUGCUUCCAGAAGAUCACAUAACCCUACAAGAUGUACAUUUCUGAGUCAUUGUAUUGACAAGAUACUGUAUAACUGAUAUUUUAUUUAAAAUGUACACAACUACAUCAAGUCUAAAAUUAUCAGUAACAUGGUAGGAGUUGAUGUUUUAUAAGACACUGUAAACUAGAGUUUGUUUUAAGAUAUAAAAAUAUGUCCAAGCAAUUGGACUUAUCUUAAGCAAAUGUUUAAUGACCGGUCACUGUGACUGGAGUAUAAUGAGCUGUAGUACCUUUGCUGCUGCAGCUUACAAAAUUUGUAUAAUAUUUGGUAGAAUUUCCAUGGACAAACUCUGUUCUUUUCUAAUAAAAUGUGUGUAGAGUUUUGAAGCGUCAGUUGAUAAGUCAGACAGUGAUAUUGUAACUCUUUUAUUGCAUUUUGAAUGUUAGGUAUUUCUUGAACUUCAAAAACUAAAUCAUCAGCAGAACUGAAUCUCAUUAUUAACUCAUUUAUCUGUGUUGUACAAAGUGUUAAAAAGGAAAAACCAGUCGAUUCUCAGAACUGUUAAAGAGUGUAGUGUUACUGUCGAAUCAUCAGAAAUGCCCACUAUGAAUCCUAUGCUACCUCCAUCCUUGUCGAGAGAUGAAGUUUUUAAGUUUUGUUUAUGACAUUUAUUAAAAAAAAAAAAAAAAUCUAGUGUUAUGUUUCGUCGACGACAGAGAGCUUUAAGAGUAAUAUUAAGUAUUGUAAAUGCAUUAUUACGCGAGCCAGUGCCAUCGGAGAGACACAGGUGCGGAUAAAGUCAGUAUUUCCGCUUAUUGUAUUGUGUAUUAUUAUAUUAAUAAGUGAUGUGUAAUGUUUCCUGAAUAUUUAAAUCAUUACUUUGUCAUUUCCGGUAGUUGUUGAAACUGUUCAGUGUCAUCACAUCAUUACUGAUUAUCAGAAAGAGGUGCUCUGUUGCUCAGAAAGCAUUCAGUUAUGUAGAAGAUGGUGGCAGAUGACAUGUUGAAAUUCAUAGAAGUUUAUGAGCCUAGGUAAUUGUACAAAAUGAAGAUUAUUUCAAAGAAUUGUAUUGCAUGAAUUGAUAUUUGAUUCUAGUUAAAUGAAAAGGUUACCAAAGUUGUUGGAAGUUGUAUAAAUAGUGUGUACAAAUAUGUUGGAAAAUUUGCUGUAUGAGAAUGUAUAUCAGACACUGUGUAUCCAUUGUCUCCAGUAUUAUUUUAUACUCAUAAUUUCCUGAAGUGAAGUAUUGGAACUGGUGAUAUGGCCUUUUCUCUAAUAUUUCAUUGGCUAUAAUAAAUCUUUCUUGCUACAUUGUCAUUAGAUACGUUCCUUAGUCUAAAUACUAAAGAAGGACCAAUGAAAUAAAUCCUACAGUUGUAAAAAAAACUCUCACAUAAGUAACUGUCAAUAAUGUAAGUGAAACCACAAGAUACUGUAAUAGCUCUGAUUUUGUAUAGAAUGUUGCCACAUGUUGCUUACUUGCUUAAAUAAUGUGGAUGUUUUUAAUAGGUGCUGGCCUAAUAAAUAAAUGGUGCAGUGAACAGAAACAUAUUGAACUGUAAACACACUGGAAAGAUUGUAUACAUAAAACCCAGUCUGUGUCUUUGUGCAUUGUCUGUCUAAAUGCUUUGUGAAAGUAUAUCUACUGCUGCAAAUGUCCCCCAUCUCCACACAUAACAGCAGUUUCUUGUUCCAGCAGUAAUUACUUUUAAGUGUUUGUACAUUUCUGAUAAUAGUGCAUAUAAUUAGUAAGCACAGAAACUAUUGUAUCAUAAUACAAAGUAAAUUAAAAAAGCCUCUCUUUUCAGUUGAAUUUUAAGGACAACAUUUGUGCAACUUGUAGGUAAUUUUUUAAAUUUUUUUACAAUUUCUUUAUGUUUGGAAUUUAUAUUUUAUGUAAGUCUACAGUUUCACAUCAGAACACAGCUUCACAGCUAUAAUGUUUUUAUUUUAUUUUCCUUUUCAUGUUAUUUAUUUCAAGGAAACACUGCAAGGAUAGAUUAUUGUGGGGAUGCUUUUAAGGUUAAUAAGUAGUACAUUUCUGUGGCAACAAGAGUCUUUGUAUAUGCUGAGAAAAUUAAUUCUUCAAUUCAUUUUUGAAAAAGGGUGCUGUGUUCUGAGAAAAAUUGAUGAACUUCUGUUAGUGGUUUGUAAUUAUGAAUAUUUCACCAUGUGACUUGUGAAGCAUUCGGUGAAGUAUUCUGGCUUCACAGUGCCAUAAAGAAUCACUGUAAUUGAAAAUCACUGACAGUAUAAUGUUUAUUUGUCCAUUUGUUGCAGGAACUGGUGUCAUUCCAAUCAAACAAUUCCAUCCAUUUAGCUGAACUGUUCUUUAAAGAUUGUGUGUUUUUAUGUAUGUUACACCAUAUUUAAUUGUCGACUUUCUUCUAUCAUUUUCGACUUUUGUCUUAGAUUUUUUUCCUUUUUAGUACAUGUUUCUUCCAUGUUAGUGAUUGCCAUUGCCAUUUUAGGUUCAAGAGUAUCCUAUUUGACUUGGCUGAUGUGUGAAACAUGCUGUGGAGGUGUGUUUGUGUGGUUUUCCCCUCCCACAUUUACCUGUCGUAAUACAGUGAAGAACAUAUCCCUGUUUACCAUAAAUGAAAGGCCACUAGUGCAUGGUGAUGGUACUGGAUGAAUAAUGAAGGCUAUGCUUGCAAAUUAAUUUUGUUAUGGGGAAGCAUCAGCAUUGUAGACAAUUUAUUCCAUCCAAACAGUUCAUUACAAAGUACAAAAGAUAGAUCACCAUUAAUUUCAGAGGAAAAAUGUCCUGAAAGAUGCGUAAAAGUCUUAAUUGCGAGCAGCUGGUAUUCUCUCUCUUAAAUUAUUUUUCAUAAUUAUCAGACUCGAGAUUAUAUAUAUUCAUUGAAUGAAGUAUAUUUUUACAGUUGACUGAUGGGGGAUGAUAUAGGUUUAUAAAGUUAAUUCUGCCUUUUUUCAGUGUGUCCAAGACUGAUGUGUUUAGCAUGAAUGUUUUGAAAACUACUUUCUGCUCUUAAUCAGAACAUGUAGACAAAUUAGGUUUACUCGAGAUUUAUCUUAUAUGUUGCUUACAUGCAUUUUGCGUAACUUUGUGGCUAAGAGUAAAAUAGACUUGCAUGUUGUUGCCUAAGAUAUUUCUAUAAUGUUUAUUGUAAAGUCACUCCAUUAUUUAACAAUUGUUAAUUUGUGUUCAGUACUGUUAUAAGUUACCAUUUUGACCAUCAGUACCAUUCUCCAAUACAUUAAGUAGCUGUUCAAGAGAGUUGCUCUACAUCACAUUUAGUAAUUACACUAUACAUGAAUCUGACUGUACUGCACUCACAGAAAAGAAAUGAAGGUCACAGUAAGACAGACAUACAUUCUUCAAAAUUAAUAUGUAAUAUCAGGCUUCCACAAUAACAUGUUUCUUCCUAAUGAGCAAAAGAAAUGAAGAAACAUCAAAGCCUUGCCAGAUGCCAAGGGGAUUAUCAUGACACUAAAAGCACGAUCCCAAGAAAGAAUGAUAAUCUUAUUGCCCCCUCCAUGCUUCUCUCUCUCUCUCUCUCUCUCUCUCUCUCUCUCUCUCUCUCUCUCGUCUACAUCUUGCAUUCUUUAUCAUUUGGUGAUAACCUCUGCCACAGACUAUGUGAAUUGCCUGAUUCAUCUCUCUGUAUAUAAUCUACGAAAUCUGUGGUUCUAGCAUCUUAGGAUUUUUUGUUUCAUUUGUUCUACCAUGACCUUCAGUUCUUUCUGAUUGUUGCAGCCUUCUUGAUUACUUUUAUGUAUAUCUGUGGCUUUCAUUUUUUAUUUAAUUAUUAACUUCCUUUACAAUUUCACCUACAAAUUUAAGUUAUUUAUUGAACUACUGUAAAUAGUACUUCUUGUAAAGAACUUCAUUUAUUGUUUACACGUCAAACAAAUACAUAAGAUAGCUUAUGUAUUUAUCAGUGAAUCGACUUAACAAGAAAUUAAGUUGACUGAUGUGUUGAUCAAAGGUGCAUUUAUUAAUUUUACACACAGUAACUGUUUUGAUAUAUUCUGUGGUUUAUUUAUGUUCAGUGUACAGCUUCUUUGUGGUUAUGUCACUGCAUUACAAAUGUUGAUGCUGAUUGUGAUUUUGGUAGAACUUACAUUCUCUUUCAAAUCACUAAAAUUGAGUAACAUAUGUUGGUGGUAUGUUAUUUCAGCUUGUCAGCUGUUUACUAUUUAUCAUAGCUGGAUGGAAAUGUACUUGUAAACAUGUAUAUGGGGACAACUUAAUAUGCCAUGUACCUACUGAAGCCCCUCCAGUAAAUGACAUAGUGAUAGUAAAUGAAAUAAGGGUAUUACGAAGUGAUAUUUAUGAGUCAUAUUUUUUUCCCAAGGAAACAAAAACUUUGAAGCACAUAUGUCUUCAAAAUUCUUGUUUACUCCUAAGAAGAGUCAUUUAUUGCUUUAAAUAAGAUUAUUUCAAUGUACUUCACAGUUAGCACCAAAAUAAAAUUGUUUGAUUAAUUGUAUUUAAAACUUCUUGGGGGAUGUCACUAACUGUGGCCACCAGAUUAAUGGUUGAUUGCUUUAUGGUUUAUGCAUACUUUUGUUUUUGGGAACUGUUGGAGAGGCUGGAAUACAUGUUUCUAAUUUUACCACUUACCAUAUUUGCAAGUCUUGAUGUAAAAAUUACGUUCAGCAUGAUAACCAUUGACUGUUUAGCUGUGGAAUCACAUUGCAAAUGUAGUGUAGCAUUAAAAAGAUAGUAGAAAUUCUGAGCUGAAAAUUUUGUCCUUACAGCAGGCUGUCAUUGUUAGAUGCGUGUUCACCAUUUAUAAUUGUGCAGGGUUGGUUGUUGUUGUUUUAUAAGUUAUUUUGAAGUGUGCAGCUUUUAUUUUUAACAACAGUACAUUUUCAGCUCUUCUUUAUUCAUAGGGUAGAAUUCAGAGUACAUCUCCAACAUGAAAGUUAUGCUAGGUAUAAUAAAGAGAAAGAAAGCAAAGAGACAAGCUCUGAAAAACCAAUUUCACUCUGGAUAUUCUACAAUAUUAUGUAAUAAUAAAUAUUUUCAUCAGGCAUUGCAUGAAGAGAGUGUAAAAGCUACUGCAGUUAUCAGUGUGAGAAUAAUGUUUUUGGCAUAUUAAGAAAUAUAUGCUAGAAAUAUUUCAGCGUCAAUAAAAAAUUACUCUCAAAAUGUUGAGAAUGAAAUUAACAGUGCAAGAAAAGCUCACAUUCCACUGCUCUUGAAAUUUUCUGUAUUUAAAGAGGAAACUAACAUUUUACUAAAGACACAUGGCAAGCAGUAGUUUUUUGUGUAAAAGUUAAUGCUUUAUUGUGCUUCUUUCCAGAAUUUCUGUAUGCCUUUCGUCAUAAAAAUAAAAAAAUAAAAAAGUGAGCAUAUGUAAGUGUAAAACAUUUUAUCAGAUGUGGAAAAAUAUUCUUUGGUUGGAAAAUCACGUUAAAUGAAGCAGCAUUUCCCAUAACUAAAAUAAAUUGUUUUGGAACUUAGUUAACUAGGCAUGGAAAUACAUUUUAUGUAUUGUACAGUGUUCGGAGUGAAGAGUGCUGUGUACUGAGUAAGGCAAUGAAUAAACUUAACUAUAGAAAACUGAUUUGAAAGUUUUAUUUCCAGUGCAGAAUGUGACUAUCUUGUUAUUUACUGUUAUUUGUCACAAGUCAAACAUGUUAUACAUCUAAACAUAGUGAAAUAUGUAAAUAAAGUUCUUCACAGACUUUAUUCUCACA